GCUACAUCAACGUUGGGAUCAUAGUUUUGUGAAACAUGUUAUAGAAGGGCAUGCAAAGAGAACUAAGUAGUCAAAUAUUUCUAAGUGGUUAUACAUUUAUUACUGUUGCAUUUAUUUUCAGAUAGUUCGUGUUCAAGUUCUUAAGUCGAACAGCGACGACUAUUCAUGGCGGCUAUAAUCAUUUUGAACUCUUCCAUCGUGCGUGUGUGAAAAAGGUUCAUUCUUGGGUGUUUAUUAAAGUGGGUUUUGAAGGGUCUGCAUGCAGCUAACAAGUGCUGAAGUUAGGGCCAUGGUGGGUUGAAUUAUAUGUGUAUGUCAAAGGUGGCGAAUCAUAGAGAAAAGGAAAACGAGGUUGACUUUGAUGAAGAGAACUAUCACACGUUGUCAAUGCCAAUGAUGUUUCAAGGUCUGAAUAGAGAGAUGGAGAUGUCAGCCAUGAUCUCGGCUUUGACCCAUGUUGUACGUGGAGAGGAACAUGGCACGGUUCUUCAUCAGAAUAUGGACCAUAGUUCAAUUGGUGAAGGUGGUGGUGGUGGUGCUUCUGUGACACCAAACUUGCCUUCUGUUUCAACUACACAAUCUUCUCCUCCUUCAUCUAAUGGUGGCAGCUCUGCUCUCAAGAGAAGAAGAGCAAGUGAUGCAUCCCCUUCUAUUCCCACAAGAGCAGAAAGUUCAAGCAACAAGACCAGCACAAUAACAGCAAAAACAACAACAGAAACAAGCCAAAUGGAAAAUACAAUGUAUGAAUACAGAACAGAGAACAUGAGAGAGGAAGUGCAACCAAGUAGAAAAUACAGAGGAGUGCGACAGAGGCCAUGGGGGAAGUGGGCUGCAGAGAUAAGAGACCCGUUCAAAGCAACAAGAGUGUGGUUAGGAACAUUUGAUACAGCUGAAGCAGCAGCUAGAGCAUAUGAUCAAGCUUCAUUGCGUUUCAGAGGCAACAAAGCAAAACUUAACUUCCCUGAAAAUGUUAGGCUAAGACAACCUCAACUCAAUCCACAACCAACCCAUUUCACCAUUUCCAAUUCUAGGAGUACCCUUUUGUCCAUUCCAUCUAACACUGAUCCAAUAGUUCACACUGAACCUCUUCACACUUCUCAGGGUUCACGUGGCUCAAACAACUUUUAUGAAUAUUCUAUGCAUGUUCCCAUGAGCCUAUAUGAUCAGAUAACUAUGCCAUCUACUGUGGCUUCCCAUCUUCAAUCUUCAUCGUCUUCAUCAGCUUCAUAUUCUUCUUCUUCAACCAUGACUUCUCCGCAGGCACCUUCUGUUUAUCCUACACAGUUACCUGCAUGGUCUUCUUCUGGUUAUAGCUCUUCUCCCUCUGGAUGAUUUGCACUUGUACGACUAGUUUGUCAAUCUUUUCAUUAUUUUUUUAUGAUGAUGUUAGUUGAAAUUGAAUUAUUAUGCUUUUUUAUUUUUUUAAACCCCUCUCGUUCAUUUU